AAACAAGGAGGCGGGGACUUCAACUUAUCAAGAUUUUCAAGAAGUUUAUUUAUCUGUUUAAGAUUAGAACGAGACGGAUCGCAUGAUCUAGAUAUGUAGUUUCGAAAUAAUUUGAAACUGAAAAUGGGAAGUAUCCGACCUGUCAAGCUUGAAGGUUUGGAUAUAUAUCCUGCUACGGUAGAAGGUUUGCAAGAGACAUUUGGUUAUCCAAAUUUUAUAUUAGCAAAGGCAAGAUGGAUGUCGGAUGACGAAGCUUCAAACUGUGUCUUAUGUCAGAACAAAUUUAACCAGCUGCGAAGAAAACAUCAUUGCCGAAUGUGUGGCAGAAUCUUAUGCAGCAAAUGUUGUAAAGAAAAGAUGCCGUUACCACAGCUUAGGUGUGAAGACCCGGAGAGAGUUUGUGAGAUUUGUCGUCCUGCAGCAGAAUGUGUAACUAAGUCAAGGUCAACCAUUUUGUCCUUUAAGUUUGAAGCUGUUAAAGCUAUUGUUAGUAUGUGUAAAGAAGAAAAAGGAUUAUGUAAGUUGGUAGAACUUGGAGGUGUACAGAUGUUGAUUUCUAUGUCAAAGGAACCGGAUGCUGCUUUAAGGGCUUUGGUAGCUGAAGGCUUACAUAUACUGUCAACACACCAGCCACUACAUCAAAUGUUAGCUGUUGUUGGUGUCAUUAAAGCUUUAUGUUGGAUGAUUUCAGCCUGUGAUAUAGUGACGGAGGAAAAAGCAGUUAUUGACAGCCUUAGUGCAUUAACGAUCUUCUGUAAACUGAAUGAAUUUAAGAUGAAAGCCUUACAAGAUGGUGCGUUAGAUGCUGUAUUAAAGUUAUUCCAGGCCCAGACAACACCAGCCAUAUCUCUUGUAGCUGUCAGUACUCUAUCCUUACUCAUGGAAAAUCCUAAUACACAUACAAAAAUCAUGGACAACCCUGGGAAUAUACUAAGGAAUAUGUUGCUUCUGUGUGGAUCAGAGGAUGAACAGAUGCAGGAAAUUUCAUUGAAAACCUUGUCACACUUGUCAAUGGGAACAGAUUGGCACAGACAUAAAAUAGUUCAGGAAGAUUUUACGGCAGGACAAAUGAUGUUGAAAGUGAUGAGAAGUAAACCUAAGAAUGACCAAAUUCUAUGUAACGCAACCUGUCUGGUGGCAAACCUUUCUACAAGUUCUGAAGAUCAGGGAGGUCUUCAAGAAUUGCUAUCAUGUUUAUGUGAAAUAAUUAAAUCAGAUGUCAAAAGUAGUGCAUUAAUGGUCCAGAUUUCAAGAGGAAUAGCUAAUUUUGCUGCAUUUCCACAGAAUACAGACAAGUUGUUACAACAUUUACCUGUGAUAGUGUACAAGUUUCUGAAAUCUACAGAUAAUAUUGUUAAAAUGCAUGGAAUGAGAGCUGUCCUACAUCUACUGUCAAAGAAACCAAGUAAUACAGUGAAAGAACUUUUAAGAGAUGGUGCUGGUGAUUUGUUAACUAACAUAUCCAGACUGCCUGGUGUAAUCGAUGCUAUACAAACAUCUUUACUUACACAAGCUCCCAGCCGAUCAAGACCAUCUUUCAGAUAACAGUUGUCUUCAGAAAAUUAUAUUGAUAUGAAAAGCUUUAUUUUACAAAAGUAAAAGGUUUAUUUAUAAAGUGUCAGAAUGUUUGUUUUACCUAUUUCUAAUUUAUGUUUAUUUUUAACUUGUUGCUUUUUUUUUUUUUUAUAGAAUAUACUCUUACCGAUAACUUAAAACAGGAAAAUUAACAUACCAGUUUAGUUAUAUUAAAAAUUAGAUAAACUUGAAUUGAGCAUAAUGCAGAGGCUGGAUUUCAUUCCAGGUUUUUACAUUGCCUAAAAUUCACUUGGACUUAUAUUGUCUCAUUCAUCUACUGUAGUUAAAUUUUCAAAGAAGCUCAUUUCUGAGACACUGUACAAAGUAGGAUCAUGUAGAUGAGGGUUUGAAUCCAGCCUUGAGAAAAGGUCAGUAUCCAAACAAAUGUAGGUCAUGGCAUAUGUGUUCCUUUCAAUGUCUUUGGUUAAUUUUUAAAUCCAGGUUUAUAUUUAAGUUCUUGUGAAAAGUAUCAUUAUUAAGAAUAGCAUAGAAUGCAUCCUUGAUUUAAGGUCAAUAUUCAGAAAAACAAAAAUCUAUGCAACCUACAUUUUCCACUUUAUUGACCCCAUUAACCUUUUGCUCCCUAGUGUACAUUUAAGUCUAUAUUUAUUAUAUAAGCAUGGUAAUUAGUGUAGGAUGUAUGUCACUACGACUUGUAUUUACUGCUUCACUUAUUUUGGUUUUUAUGAUUUACAUCAAGGCUUAUAUCUCUCUUUGCAUAAUUUGUUCGUGUUAUCUAUUGCUUUUUCUGCUUUAAUGAUAUUGAAUGAUUCAUGUAUAUGGUGCAGAACGAAGCAGACAUUGUAAUUGUAGAUGCACACAUUUUCAUGCAUAUCUAUAAAACCACUGGUUUUUUUCUGACACCAUAUGUAAUUAUAUGUUUAACUUUUAAGUAAAAACCAUGCAAUAAUACUCAAACAAUUUAUCUUUUAUAAUUUGAUGCACUUUUCUUUCUUGGCUAUUUUUUUAUUCAUAUUAAAACUUGUUAUUUAUG